AUGGCAAAGGACAGCUACAAACCCCUGGGCGGCCAGAAGGAUAUCGAGGACGGAGAAGAGUCCAGUGAGGCAUCCGGCUCCGAUGACGAUGGUGCGCUCACGAAGCUCCAAGGCCACCUGGCGGAUGCGAGGGAUGGGUUCGUCGUGUCGCACAAGACCGCGUUGCAGGUGGCAUGUUGGGUGACAAUCUGGGCUGCUGUCGCUGUGUAUUAUCGGCGUUCGACGCUCACCGAAAAGGGCUUCAGCGCCUCCUUGAUCCUGUGCAAUGUCCUUUUCCAAGUCGGCUCGGACAUGGGAUCCACCGUCAAGAACAUCUAUUAUGGUCUCAUCGGUCAGGUGAUUGCAUGGUUCGUCUACUGGGUGUUUAUGGGCUUCUUCCCCGAAGGAUAUGAUGGAGAGAACACCGGAGUGCUCUAUGCAGCUCUGGCUGUGAUCUCUCUCUUCACUUUUGGGUUGAUUUUUCUCAAGAUCGACGAGACAGUGCGCUUCUGGGCGCUCAUCUCCUUCACUGGUGGUUUUGCAAUGAAUAUGGUGAAGCCUGGUGUGGAAAAUGAACAUUCGACAGGUGGCUUCAAACUCGACUACCGUGGAACUGCAGAGAACGGAAUCAUUCUCUUCGUUGUUGCCGGCGUGCUCUCCACGUUGAUUUUUGCGAUCCCUCCUAUCUUGUCUCUGGAUCGCGGCCAGAAGCGUGUAGUGAUUGUGUUGAAGAAGCUCAAGCAGAACAUCCAGGAGCUGAACACCUACUACGCUCGUGACACGGCGGGCUUGGACAUUGUUUCCAUCAAGGAAAACUUCGCGUUGCUUACGAAAGAGCUUGAAGAGGCAGAAGCCUACGGCCAAGCGUCCUGGUACGAGUCCCUGGGCUCCAGCAGCCGGCUACUCCUUACGACGAAGCUGACUUCACUCAUUCGGGACUUGAUCGAGACUGCCCGUCCAUUGUUCAACAUUGUGGCAGAAGAGGAUUUUGGACCAAGUCAUUCCGCCAUGAUGAAGCAUAUCAAAACGCCCAUGACGAACGUCGUCGACAGUACCAUCCGCAUGGUGGAGAUGCUAAUCGACGCGUGUGAGGAUGGGUCUGUCAGCAAAGACGAGAAAGCCAAUCUGAAGGCAGAGAUCGACAAGAUGCCAGGCUUGGUGGACGCAUUGCAGCAGAAGGUCAAAGCGGCCCAAGGGGGAGUUGGCAACAAGAAGAUUCAGGAAGAGGUGCUCGGAGAGCAUUAUGUGGUUCUCACGAUCUGCUACCUCGCGCAGAUGGUUCAGGAUCAGUCGAAGUUCUUUAUUAACUACACAGGUCGCGAAGGCUUGAUGGGAUGUGGCAACCCACUCCUGGGCCUGUUCACCUAUGACAAGGGCGACAUAAGGUGGGCGGCAACCGCGACACUUUGUCUCCUUGUCAACUUUUUCAUCGGCUAUCGUGGCUGGUGUGACGACGCCGCCCUCGAAGCGUAUGAAGCCAACCCAACUGGAGAGGCUCCCGUGUGCUUCAUCAACAAGUACACAGCGGGUCUGGCAAACAUCAACGUGAUCCUGAUGUCACGCUACAGUGGAGGCACGCUCAAGGCAGCAUUGGAGCGAGUGGCUGCUGUGGUCUUCGCUUCGGUUGUGGGUCAGAUUGGUUUCGUGGCCCUGGGCUGGUGUGCCGACUUUACGAGGAUGCUUACGGUGGUUGUGGUAUUUUUCGUGACGUGGGGCUUCAUGUACUUCACCUACGAUGGAAGUGAGAGUUCGAAAGGAAUCGCCCAGCGUCUAGCCGCUAUCACGGUCUCGUCUCUCAUGUCCGACUGCUCCGACGAGUCUGGCACCGCGGUUACCUACUCCAGCUCCUACCACUCGCUCAGCGAGAUCAUUCUUGGUGUUCUUGUCAUGACCCUAUUCGACACCUUGUUCGGCGACAAGCCUGCCGCGACGCAGGCGACGUUCCCAGAUGGUGUCUCUUUAGCAAUCUUUCUACCUAUCUUUCUACCUUCUAUCUAUCUGUCUGUCUGUCUCUCUCUCUAUCUGUCGAUCUAUCUAUCUAUCUAUCUAUCUAACUAUCCAUCCAUCUAG